CAUAUGUCUGGUGCAGAUAUGGCGAAGUCUGGGAUAAAGUGGGGAAAAAAUUGCACGUGUAAGCAUCUACCAGGUAGAUAAGUCUGAGAACUAGAUUUCUUGACUGCUUCCCCUCUCAUGCAGGCAACAAUUCUUGAAAAAGAAGCAAACUUUGCCUUGUUGAUUCAUCAGCAAGAAGCGAAUUUCAGCGCUGCUCACACUGUAAGCACACUGCCUCUGUGCAGAAUGCUUUCGUCUUCCAUCUCCUUCUUGGCACUUCCACGCCCUCCAUCUAAACCCCUCUUCGUAGCUAAUUCCUUGUCCUGUUCGCUUUCCAAACGGCUCGACCCGGCCUCGUUGGAACCCGCCAAAUCAUGCUUCUGCUGCAGAAGAAGAACGCACUUCCUCGAAUCUGCAUCACUGGAAACUACUCUCUUCCCAAUUCGGCCCUCAACCGCCGCCGUUCCGCGUUCUGAUUACACGGAUGUGGUUAACAAGUUUCAUCCACCCAGGCCUGGUUGGUACGAGGAGUUCUUUGCAUCAAUUAUGAUCAAUGCCUCUAAAUUUUUUGAAGCCGAGAUUUCGCUUUACAAAUCAAAAAUCUUCAGCAAUUUGAGCGAUGAGGCGCAAAAAAUUUUGGAGAUUGGAAUUGGUACAGGACCUAAUCUCAGUUACUAUGCUAGUAAUUCUAAUGUUCAGGUUGUUGGCAUUGAUCCAAACCAAAAGAUGGAAAAGUAUGCUCGGUCCUCAGCAAUAUCUGCUGGCUUGCCACCUUCAAAUUUUGAGUUUAUACAUGGUGUUGGGGAGGUUAUACCGUUAAGUGAUGCUUCUAUGGAUGCAGUGGUUGGAACACUUGUCUUGUGUUCUGUUACAGAUGUUUCCAUGACACUCAAAGAAAUAAAGAGAGUGCUGCGGCCAGGUGGACAGUAUUUAUUUUUUGAACAUGUUGCUGCGAACGAGGGAACAAUUCUCAGAUUUAUCCAGAGAAUUCUAGAUCCUCUUCAACAGACGCUGGCAGAUGGGUGUCACCUCUGCAGGGACACAGGACGCUAUAUAUCAGAAGCUGGAUUUUCAAGAGUUGAGCUCAACACAGGAUAUAUGAAAACUCUUGCAUAUAUGAGACCCCAGAUAUAUGGAGUAGCUUACAAGUAGCAUCAAAAGCCUUUAGCUCAGACGGAUCCGGGGGGUCACCUCCCUUCGAAAAUUAUUUAAUUUUUCCUUAUAAAAAUUGCUAAAAUUGAUUGUGGCCCACCAUAUUUCACCUUAUUUAAAAUUUUGCCCCCCUGUUUGUCACUCUGGACCAGUCCGAGUUUAGGUGCACAUAGUAUUAUGGUUUCAACACAAAAAAUACAUAAACUACAUGAUCUUUGAAGCCUUGCUGUGAACAUACAUUGAUACUUAUGUGUAUUGUUGCCUCUAAAUCAGCAACAAGCUUGGAGAACUUUAACAUGUCAUUUAUCUUGGCAGAAGUUUACGUUGGAGAAGCAAUGUAAGCUGACUAAUUGUCUUAAAAUCGUAAAUGAUGGCUCUGUACAGUGUGUGGGUCACUCUGUCUGGUAGGUUUGAAAGGAAACCAGAAUUAACCAUUGAAGUUGGUCUAUGACAUUUUAUUAUCAUGUAGAAAACUAUAGAACGUUGGAUAUUUUAUUCAAAAAAUGCAUUUAUUAUGGUUUUGUUGACAA